AUGGGUGCAUUGCGAAAUACAUUUAUUUCCAAGAAAGUUGACAACAAGAAGAAAAAGAAACUUAAGAAGGUGGAAGAUAAGAUGCUUGGAUGGGUGUUGGUCAAUAUUGUUUUAGAGUCAAAUUUUAGUGCUUCAGAUCCUUGUGCAUAUUGGCUUGCAAGUGGUCGUGAUGAUGUAAAGUUGUCUAUUCCAGCUACUGUUGUUCUUCGUUAUAUGUUCAUGCCUGCUGAAAUGAGGAAAUGGGAAAAGAAAGUUGUUCAUGAGGAAUUUGGUAUUCUUGAAGGUUUAAUGACAAUUGUUCAUGCAACUACAGCAACACAGAAGACUAUUGAUGGCCCAUCAAUGAAGGAUUGGAGAGGAGGCUGUGGAGCUGGAAAAAAUAUCAUUACUAGUUCUAUUGGUGCUGCAAAGGCUGUUGGAAAGGUUCUCCCAGAACUGAAUGGAAAACUUACUGGAAUGGCCUUCCAUGUUCCAACUUCUAAUGUCUCGGUGGUGGACCUAACUUGUCGACUUAAGAAGAGUGCUUCCUAUGAAGAUGUCAAGGCAGCCAUAAAGUAUGCAUCAGAGGGACCACUUAAAGGCAUUCUUGGGUACACAGAUGAAGACGUUGUCUACAAUGAUUUUGUUGGUGACACAAGGUAUAAUUUCUUUGAUGUGUAUUUUUAAUACAUUUUAAUUACACUGAUGGAACUAUUGGCAAUGUCAUGCGUAAGAAGUCUGUUUUCAUCUUGCUAAUAUUCUCUUAACUAGUUUUUUUAAAUGGC